GAAAAAAAAACAACUACAGUGACUUCCCCUGCAUCUCUCGAAUGCAAGGACAGAGCUGCUGUCAGAGCAACAUUGCAACACUAAUCAAUUUUAUUAGACUUGAUCUAGAUCUAUAUUAAAUUAUUUUUCUCUUCUGUAAGACAGGCUUUACAUAAUAUAACAUUGUAUAAAAUUAGAGAUCUAGAUCUAUAUGACUAUAUGGAAUCAUGGGUGGCUGGCAGAUGGAAGUAUUUCGUAUGGCUGUUUAUAUAAGUUUUCCAGUUGGCUUAUUUUAUAUGUUCAACCAACCAGCUUUCUAUGAGAACUGGAUGAUGGAGAAAAGGGCCAAGAUUUUCCCAGCUUCUGAUCCUAGAGCAGUUGAAAUACUUGAAGCUCGUAGAGCACAGAGGGAACUCCAACAAGAAAAGGAGUGGUUGAAAGAACAGCAGUCAAAACAGAUAUAGUAUAGUUUGAAUCUAUGUAUACACAUGAACUUCAAAUAAAUUAUUUGUUAUUGUAUAUAGAAUUGUGAUGUGAGUUGUGCGCAUGUUAUAGCUGAAUGAUUUCAAUGACUUCUUUUUUUUUUUUUCAUGUUUUCUUCAUGAAACGAAAGACAUUUUUUCUCUCUAAAAGUUCAGUGUAAAUUAAAAUGAACAAUUACAUUUAA